ACCUUCUAGUUGUUAAUCAAAACUGACGGCAGAUCGGUUGUGAAAUUCUAAUUAAUCAAUUCAAAAUCACUGUUACAAUAAUCUUACUGAUUAUUAUCAACAUGUGCUGUUAAACCAUUUCCGAAAGUAUAAAUUAUGUGCAAUCGGCGCUAUAGUAUCAGUUGUAGUGCACAGUUUGUGAGAAUUUGUUGAAAAAUAGUAAAUUCGAAUCAAAAUGAAAGUGGCAGUGCUGUUAUUGUUCUGCACUGUGGUGGCUGUAGCUCGCGCAGACAUAGAAGGAUUUUACAGCAAUGGUUGUCCAAAGGAUCACAGUACUCAUGCACUUCUACCACACCAAAAUUGCAACCAGUACUAUCAAUGUCUGAACGGAGUACUACUACCCAGAUUUUGUCCAGCUGGCCUAUAUUUCAACGCUGAAUUAGAAAUAUGUGACUGGAAUGGAGAAAAUAAAUGCCAAAAUAAUCAGGUAGAUAAAAAACGUAAAAAAAAGAAGCAUCAUGAAGAAUUAGACCACAGUAAUCCCAAACAUGUACGGGUGAUUUGCUCAAACUUUGAUUCCAAUGGAGAGGUUGUGGCUCAUGAGAACUGCAAUCAAUUUUACAAAUGUUCACAAGGCGAGCCUAUGGUUCACAAGUGUCCCCCAAGUCUUAUGUAUGAUCCUGCUGGUGGAAAAUGUGACUGGGCCUCGAACGUAGACUGUAAUGGUCGAAUGGUUCCCGAUUAUGACAUUGUCCUCAACAAACGAGAUACAAAGGAUGACAAAACAGGCAACUCUGAAGGUGAGGAGUUAGAUACUGGCAAUAAUGACCCCAACCAAGCUCUUAGACUUUGCUCAACUCCCGGCUCUGAUGGGGUGCUGGUGGCACAUGAAAACUGCAACCAGUUCUUUAAGUGCUUUAAUGGUUCUCCAGUUGCAAUGUUAUGCCCUGAAGGUCUUUUGUACAAUUCUGAUAAAGCGUUUUGUGAUUGGCCACAAAAUGUUUACUGCGGUGAAAGGGCUACCCCUGGAAAUGAUGACAAUAGUGUCGAAAUAGAAGUUACUAGUCCAUCAAAUACCAAUAUCAAUGAAGGAGAGAACGAUCCAGACUUGACGGGCAGUGAGAACAAAAAGGUAAAACACAUCGGAAAUUCCGACCCACGUCAAGCUCAGACAAUUUGUAAAGCACUGAAUUCCGACGGUGUUUUGGUGGCUCAUGAAAACUGCAGGCACUUUUACAAAUGUGCUCAGGGUUUUCCAGUUGAGUUAAGUUGCCCCGGAAUUUUGCUAUACAACUCUGAUAAAGGUUAUUGCGAUUGGCCAAAUAACGUUAACUGUGGAGACAGGUAUGUAGACGAAAGAGAAGAUGACAAUAUUAAUGCAUCUGUGUCUGAUCCUCCAAGUCACGAUAAUCCCAACGAUGCUCCCUCUAUUUGUGCUGCUUUAGGUUCUGAUGGUAUAUUAGUUGCUCAUGAAAAGUGCAAUCAAUUCUAUAAAUGUCAUGAAGGACUUCCUGUUGCGCUAAAAUGCCCCAGCAAUCUUAUGUACAAUAGCGAAAAACAAUAUUGUGACUGGCCCGCAAAUGUCGAAUGUGGAGACAGGGUCAUGCCACCUUUAGAAGAUAUUGAAGUUGACGAUAAUACCAAUGACGUGGAAACUAGCGAAGAAUCUGGCUCAAGUGGUUAUCACGACCCUAGCGAAGCGCCUGUCAUUUGCGCAGCUGUAGAGUCUAACGGGAUAUUGAUUGCUCAUGAGAAUUGUAAUCAAUUCUACAAAUGUUUCGACGGGAAAGCUGUAACUUUGUUCUGUCCACCUGAUCUUCUUUACAACCCCGGUAAGGAGUAUUGCGACUGGCCGCAUAACGUUUACUGUGGAGAAAGGUUGGGCCCGCAGGGUAAUGACAGCGAAACUGGCAGUAAUGAAGUGAGUGAUGAGCCUAAACCCACAUGCAAUCAGAGCGCGGACGGUGAUGUCAUACCUCAUGAAAACUGCAGCCAGUUUUAUAAGUGUCUCAGUGGAAAGGGCUACCCCAUGGACUGUCCGCCAGGCCUCAACUUUAAUGCGGUCUUGAAGGUCUGUGACUGGGCAAUGAACGUGAAGUGCGGUGAUCGCAUGACUGAAGAACAGGGCCCAAAUCAGACAGCACAAAUAUCCAGACAUACAAGGAACUGAAAUUCUAUUAACAUAAGUGUUUUGACCCAACCAACUUGUUAACCUUUUUUAUUUGUUUUGUUCAAGUUUUCAUCCUCAUAAUAAAUUAAUUAUUGAUUAACAUUACA